AAAACCUUUACAACACAACGCACCUUAUAUCAUAUUAUAUAAUAAGUAAACCUUAGAAAAUAGAUACCUGUUUUUGCAGCAACACUACAGUUCACUUUUAUGCUUACAAAUUACAUUUAUUGAAAAAUCCUCUAUCCUUUACAAAUUCUAAUAAAAAAUGAUAACCCAAAAGAAAGCAGCUGAUAAUAAUAUUGUGGGAGGGAAAACAGCACGGGCGUGCGAGAGCUGCCUAAAGAAGCGAGCUAGUUGGUUUAGCCCGGUAGAUCAUGCGUUUCUCUGCAAUGCUUGUGACUUAUCCGUCCAUUCAGCUAAUGAGCUUGUCGGCUGGCAUAAGCGGGUUAGGCUUGAGACGGCAUCGUCUAAGCCAAACCCAGACACGGCCGUGCCAUCUUGGCACCAAGGGUUCACUAAGAAGGCUAGAACCCCACGCAACACUAAGGCGUCAAAAUCAUUGUAUGGUAGUCAAAUGCCUCAUGUUGUGCCUCAAGUUAGUAAUGAUCAUGAUAAUGAGGAAUUUUUUGAGGAAGAUAAUGAAGAAAAUGAGGUUGUUUUUAGUGUUCCUAGUUUUGAUAGUAAAAAUGAUGAUGGGUUUAACAUUUCGUUAAUUGGGUUUGAUGGUGAUAUGUGGGAUAACAUGCCGGGAUUUCUUCCGACGAAAACUGAGCUCGCCGAAUUUGCUACUGAUGUUGAGAGUUUAUUCGACCAGGAGAACGAAGAGGUAGUUAAAAUGGAGGAUCUAGUUUUCAAUCAAGAUCAUGGGUGUUUUCCGGAAGUGAAAAUAGAAGAAGAGGGAGAGAUUAGUAUUAGUAAUAGUAAUAAUUAUAAUCAUUGUUAUUUUGACUGGUCAAAUGAUGUGGAAAGUCAAAUGUUGAAUUUUGAUUUGAAUUAUGGGGUUGAAGAGGAGGAAGAAUUAGAAAAGAAUGUGGUGGUACCAAAAGAAGAGAAUUAUUAUGAGGAAAGUAAUAAUAAUGAAAUUAAUUUGGAAGAAAGUAAAAGGAGGAAAAUAAUACUUAGAUUGAAUUAUCAAGAGGUUAUUAAUGCAUGGGCUAGUUUGGGUUGUUCAUCUCCUUGGACCACCGGGCGGCGGCCCGAUUUUGAUCUUGACCAUGAUGGUUGGCCUAAUUGGAUGGGAGUAUUGGGCCCUACUGGAAAUAGAGGUAACCUAAAGGGUGGAAAUGAAGGUAGAGAAGCAAGAGUUUUAAGAUACAGAGAAAAGAGAAGGACAAGAUUAUUUUCUAAGAAGAUAAGAUAUCAAGUUAGGAAAUUAAACGCUGAAAAGAGGCCGCGUUUUAAAGGGCGCUUUGUCAAACUAUCAUCUCUUUUAUCACCCCUUGUAUAGAAAGAAAGAGGCUAAUAAUAAUAAUAAUAAUAAUAAUAAUAAUAAUAAUAAUAAUAAUAAUAAUAUAAUAGUAAUUAUUAAAUUCAAUCUCCCUAGCUUAUCAUUUAUUUAAAAGUAACAUUAGUGUUGUCAAACAUAAUUAAAAUCAAACUAAAGUUAGUUUAGCACCUUGCUAGCUAUCAAGGUAUGGUUUUCUAAUAGUUAGAUGUUUAAUUUUCCAUGUGCCUAAAUUUUUUGAGCAUCUAUGCAUGUGAUGAUGAUGAUCAAAAUUGCUAAUGUAACUUAAUACUCUAAAUAGCUUCUAUAUUGGUCACAACUAUGUAGUAUUUGUCAAUGUAAAUGAAUUUUUAUUUUGAAAAAAUAUUAUGUUACUUUCAAGUCAUUUUUUAAGGCUAAUUGUAGUGAUUAUAUUCACCAUAUAAUAAAACCUUUUGGGACAUAAUAUUAUCCGGCACUAUAACCUUUAUUUUUGAAGCUUAAUUCGUGGAUUAUGAAGUAUUUUGGGAGAACCAAACAAUUAAUCGUCACAAAAAGCUAAUAAUCUAAUGUCUACAGUCUAUUACUUCCAAUGUAGCGGUGAUUGCAAUUAAAUCACUACUUUGCAUAUGCAUCACCAAAAUUAGUAAAGCGUCACUCAAAAUUAGUAAUGACGUCACUUACAAUCAUCAUUGCUCAAAAUACCUUAUUUUGUAAUACUUACCUCUGAAAUCGGUACUAAAUAGCGAGAAUGAUA